UAUACCUUUCUUGAUAUGAACCAAAGCAAACUAAGAGUAGCAUUUCUCAUGAACGCGUGUUUAUAUUUGCCAAUGAUUUUGACACAUAUAUACGUUCAUAAUAGCAUUAAAGAUGCUUGCUUGAAUAGGAAUUAAUGAGAACACACGCGACAGCAAAGCGGGGGUGGGGCCUUCAUUGUCAGUCGGGACAGACCAUUACGUGCGGUUGGGAGGACGGAGCACCUCCGUCACGUCAACCAGUAACGCUGACAUUUCGGACUCGCACUGAACGCGACAUGAGUUGCGAGGAAAAUCCCACAAAUGACACUCCGAAGUCGUGCCAAAGCGCGACCGAUUGGGCCAGCGAGGCUCCCUUUUACUUCGGAGACGGACUGGAGCUGAAUCGCUUCGACGGUUUACCUUUGUCGUCGCGGUACUACAAACUGCUGGCCGAGAGGAGAACGCUGCCCGUGUGGACGCUGCGGCGACGUUUCGACGACGCGCUCGCUCGCGCGCAACUGCUGGUCGUGUGCGCGCACGCUGACGCAGGUGGGAGCACGCAGGUCCCUCAGUGGUGCGCAGAGUUGUGCCUGUCUGCCCGCUACCGCUUUGGCACGGUGGCGUGCACGCAGGCUUGCGGGCAACGGGCCGUGCACUUGGCCUUGCGCGUGGCAGACGAAAUGGACGUGAAUGUCGGCCAUGAGGUGGGCUACAGCGUUGGCCGGGAGACGUGCUGCUGCUCCGACACUGUUCUCAGGUACUGCACCGAUGACAUCUUGCUCAGAGAGAUGAUGUCCGACCCUUUUCUGGAGCACUACGGCGUGAUCGUCAUUGACCAGGUCCACCAGAGGACGGUGAGCACCGACCUCCUGCUGGGACUCUUAAAGGACGUCCUUGUGCACAGGCCUGAACUCCGGGUGGUGGUCCUCGCCGCACCGCCCCUGACAGAGAGCCUUCGGAAUCACUUCCGCAGAGCCCCGAUCCUCAACUUGGAGUCACCUUCGUCGAGUCUCCCCGAGGUGGUGCACAGCGGGGGAGAAAAAGACUACUUCUAUUCCGCUUUGAGGCUAGUUCUGGAGAUCCACCGCGCCAAGGAGGACGGCGAUGUCGUCGUCUUUUUGGCAUCGGAGGAGGAGGUGCGGUGCGCCCGCAGCAUCCUGCAGAAAGAAGGAACCAGACUAGGAGCGCACCUGGGCCAAAUGCUGCCCGUGGUCCUGGUUCCUGGCCGGGGUGUUCUUGAGCCGCCGCCAGAUGAGGGAGGAACGUGUCGAAAUAUCAGGAGAGUUUUCCUUGCCACCCGUCACGCAGAGGAUGCGUGGUGUGCCGUGGAGUCUGUCAACUUUGUCGUUGACUGCGGAGUCCAGAAGAAAAUGGUGUACAAUCCCAGAAUAAGAGCCAAUUCCGAGGUGCUCCAGCCCAUCAGUCGUUGCCAGGCAGAACUACGCAGAAAGAUGUGCGGACCAGCAGGUAAAUGUUUCUGUUUAUACGCGACGGACAGCCAACUUCCUGCAGGGAGAUCCCCUCAGAUCCUGGAGUUCAACAUCACGGCCACCGUUCUCUUCCUGAAGAGGAUGGAAAUCGGAGGUUUGGGCCACUGCGAGUUCAUCGACCGACCCGAUCCCGAGAGUCUCAUGCAGUCCCUGGAGGAAUUGGACUACCUCGCCGCUCUGGACGAUGACGGCAACCUGUCCGAGAUCGGCAUCGUCAUGUCCGAAAUCCCCCUGGAGCCUCAGCUGGCCAAAGCGCUGCUGGCCUCCUGCGAGUUCGACUGCGUCAGCGAGAUGCUGAGCGUCGCGGCGAUGCUUUCAGCUCCAACCUGCUUCCUGGAGCCUCCUUCUGGAUUGAGCCACGAGGCCUCGCAUUGUCACAGGAAAUUCCAGCACCAAGAAGGCGACCACUUCACUCUCAUUAACGUCUUCAGCGCCUUCAAGAGAAGCCAGAAGGAGCCGUUUUUCCCUGCAGACGUCCGUGUUGAAAAAUGGUGUCGGGACAAUUUCCUGGACUAUUCGGCCCUCCGGAUGGCAGAGAGCAUCAGGGCAGAGCUGACCGACACGCUGAACCGAAUCGAGCUGCCCGUCUCUGAACCGGCGUUUGGCACGAGGAAAAACUCGGCCGACCUGAAGCGAGCCCUGCUCGCGGGCUUCUUCAUGCAGGUGGCUCGGGACGUGGACGGCUCAGGCAAUUACCUGAUCCUGGCGCACAAGCACGUGGCCCAGGUGCACCCGCGAUCCGUCUACGGGCCGCGCUUCGACCAGACGGGGGUGCCCGAGUGGGUGCUGUUCCACGAAUACACGCUGGCGGAAAACAACUGCAUGAGGAUCGUCACGGCAAUUUCACCGCAAGUAUUCACUCAAACGGCGCCUCUCUACUACUUUUAUAACCUGCCCCACAGCGAGAGCAAAGAGAUCCUGCAGCACAUGCUGGACCCGCACGCCACCGACGCCACUCGUGAAGACGACGGACACAAAGCCAGCGGCGAUGCUGUCGAGAACGAGAGUGGCGGCAACGUGCAGUCGACCGAUCGCUGUGCCAUUCAAUGACACUUAUUAUGAAAUGACACGAUUUCACAAAUGGGUACAACAGAGUGGUCGGAAAAACAAAAAUCUUUGUCAAACAGGACUUUGGAGAGCAUGAUAUAAGAAAUUUAAUUGCAGACUAAUCAGUCCAGUUUAUUUUGUCUUCAUCAUCACCAGACUUUUAUAGUUUUAUAAACACGGAGUAGAAAAUUGAAUUGAAUCUAGUACAUUUUCUGAAAUCCUC